UGUUAUUCAGCAUGUGAUCAGGGAACUAGUACAAGUUCGUGGUGUAGCGGACAAGGAUUUGAGUCUCAGUGAAAUGGCGAAUGCUACUACAGUUGCAGUUUUGGAGCCCAACUAUAGAUGCUUGCAAUGUCGACUUAUUAAAUUUAGGCAAAAGGCAGAUCUAGACAAAGUUGAGAAAAUUUCAUGUUCCCAACAUCGAAUGCUUUCUUUACAAAAAGAAGACGGACAUACGGCGAUUUUGCAUAUGAAACACGGAAGGAUUGAACCACUUGGAAAAUGGGAAAGUAUUUACUGGGACAAACAUUCCACAGGAUCUGACGAGAUCAGUGUAAUGUUUGCACAGGAUCACAACCAAACAGUAAGCGAAGUUGUUAUCUACAAUGACAGAAUUUCUGUGAGACGCCAGAUUGAGUUUCAGCCUCUUAAAAAAGCAGUUGAAGGCUUUGGUCAGUGCAAAGUUACCCGCAUGAAACUGGUGGGUUUGGAGUCUGGGUAUCUGUUAUUCAUUAUUGACUCACACACACUGUGUACUAUGGAAAUCAUUAACAAUGUGUGUGUGCCUUGCUCGUGGAUUCCUUUGCCAUUUGAAACACAAAAGGAAGGAGAUGUUUCGGACUAUCAGCUCUCAUCAGAUGCUGUUGUUGUGCUGGAUCGAAAGGCACAGCUUCUUUUUCUUUACAGUAUUCACACAGGUGAGCAUAUUUGUCAAGUUGAUCUUGAGGCUGCUGGUCUUGUGGCAGGAUCAGCCAUCAGUGGAGGUGGUGGUGGUGGGGAUGAAAGAGGUGGCAAUGCAUACCUCAUCUUGUGGGGCAUAUCUCCAGACAUUCAAACAUUAAUGUGGCUAGACUCUAAUGGAAUCAUCCAUUGCAUAGACCUAGAAAAAUAUGUCAGUAGUAGGCCUGACAAAAUUAACCUUUUGAAAGAUGUCUCUCGUGUUUCUUUUGGUCUUGGUCACCAUUCUUUGUUACAAACCUGCACAAAAGGGUCCAUAAGGUGGAGGGUCCUGCUGGCAAGUAUCCAUCGUGAGAGAAUCAGAUCUCCUGCAGGAAUUUGGUCUUCUGAAAAGCUGGUUUCAACAGCGACGAGUGCAAAAACUGUCUACAGGGAGACGCGGGUCACAGGAUUCAGGGACAAGACCAGCGAUCAGCUUGGGUUGCAAAAAAGUCAGGUCGUUGUUGACAGCAUAAUGUGCUACAGUUUACCUCCAGGAAACCUGCUACAAGUUGGAUACAAAGUGACUGGUUCUCAAUGCACCUCGUCUACAAUUCAGAUGACACUGCAGUCAGGUGUUAAUACCGAUGAGAAAGCCAUUUGCUUGGUAUGCAUGUCCUCCAAAAUGGUAUACUUUCAUGGGUUACCAGCCAACCAUCAUGCAGUAUUUGGGCGGAAUGCAGAUGAGCCACUUUUAAUUCUUUCCCCUGAUGAUCUAACUCUUCUGGUUCCUUCUGGAACACAGCAGGAAGAUAUUGUUAGCCAGAUGAUGACCUACAGUGGAAGUCAGUGGAUGGAACAUCUGUGCCAGAUGAAUGAGUGGAGUAGUUCUAGCAUUCCUUUGCAUGCACUGGAGGUGGGACUUCAGCAGCGCCAACUUGAUACUGUCAGUUUAUUUCUCCACAACAAAGAAUCAUUAUUUUCUGCUAAGAAGGCCCAAGUCCUCCAAGGCAGAAUAUCCACUGGUCAGAUUUUGCCACUUCCAGCCCAGAGAAGUUGCUCACAUACUAGUUCUGUUAUGGAGCUUGUUCCUGCCCUUGACCUCUUCAUCAGAGCCAUUAGUGGAGACAUGGCAGGUUUAGCCACAUCACAUGAUUUCUGCCUUCGUCUCUUUAACUGCUGCAUGGAGUUUUUCCAGAACUUAUUGAAGGAUGGACUUGCUCUCCAGUCAGACCUUGGGGUCACAGAGGAAGAGAGAGCUGAGGAGCAGAAUCUGACAGAAGCCUUGUCCAUAGUUAUAGACUACAUCUCGCAGCUGAGAAAUGUUGCACACACCAUCGAACUGAAGAGAAAAAGUUUGGGGAGAGCUGUGACAGACAGAUCAAUGAGCUCAUCAUCGGCCACAGGAAAGGGAGUACCUGAAGAACCUGGAGUCAGUGUUGAAAACAAAGAGGAUUUGACACAGAAAGGAUUCGGUAACAUUGCUAUGCCAUUAGCACAGGCUUAUCUUGGCAAUCUGUCUGAUGACUGCAGUCAGCAGUGGCCUGAACUUCUGAAAACUGGGCUUCAAGUGGCGUGGAGACACCUACAUCAGAGAAACAUAAGUGAUGCCCAGUCUGUUCUCAGCAACAUGGGUCUAAAUGUGGCCACAACCUUAUGGAAAAUGAGCCAGUUCACAACAGACAGGCAGUUGCAGCAGUACAUCAUUCACCAGCUGCAGACAGCUUCAGCCCUGCCCUCAAAGAACCUUUAUCUUGUGGAGCUUUUACAGAAUCUUUACAAAGCCUACCCCUCUUCUACCAUUGCUGACUGCAUGAAGGAAAAACAAGACAUGCUUGGCCCAUUGUGGUCAGCAGCAAAUCCCAUAGCAGCCUUUCUGAGUCCAGUCAGCAGUCAAGUUGUGACCAAAGUGAGAGACCUGGCCAGUAACACAGAGGGUCAGAUGUCUGAAAGUCAUGUGGGCCCAUACUGUGUUGUAGCCUUGCUUUGGCUACAGCAGUGGGAUGAAGAAACAAAAGAUAAAGUACUGCUGGAUGCAAAAAUACUGAAUGGAGAGACAAGCUUAGCAACAAGAAGCUCACUUCGAAAUCUUUGGAAGUUUUGGCUGGGGCGGAAUAAUGCUCAUGAAGCUAUCAAAGUCCUGGAUGCAGCUGUGAGCACAGAGCAAGCUGCAAAUUUCCUUGAGGAGUACAUUCAAGAUCUCAGCUCCAGUGCCAACUUUGUCCAGAGUCAUAUCAAAAGGCAUAUACUUAGGCAGAGAAGCAGCCAGUUUGUGCAUGUAUUGCACACCCUACAGUUGUGUAUUGAGGACCAGGUUAGCCUUUUGGAAGGUCUGUUUCAUGUGCCACACCCACUGCAUGGCUGCUUGCCUGAGAUCAUGCAGACAUUCCAUCGGCAGUUUGCAGAGUACUGCACCAGUCAUGGCUUUAUUGUGCCCUUAUGGCAGUACUGUUCCAUUCAUGAGCUGGAUGUGGAAAUCUUGUUGCCAGAAGAUAGUAGUAAUGCUGCUUCAUGGUUUAUGCCUUUUGUUUGUCUUCACUCUUUCAUCAGACAGCCAUAUGACCCUAGCAAAAUGUUUGCUGCCAGCCUUAGUGUAGCACGUGUUCACUGGAAAUCUGAUGACUGGACAGUAGCUCAGCUUCUAAAAGAGGGUCACACUACAGCUGCAAUUGCAAGCAUGGCAUAUCUACCUGAGGGACAAGAGGGAGAAGCAUUUUGCGGGGUCAUGCCAGACCUUCUCAAGUCAUCUCUGCAGAGAUUCCCGAAGCUGCUGGCAGCCCUUUUGCCCCCAAGUGCAGACAACUCCCAUUUUGACAUAAGCUUAUACCAGCUGCUUGAGGGGAAUACACCUUUGGAUUCACGAAGACUCUUUGGAUGGCAGUCAACACACACCAAAGCUGCAGAAGAGAGUGUGCGCUUUCUCCCAUACUUUUCCCAUGGAGAACUUGUCAGGCGCUUUGCUGCCAAUGAGAAAUUAAAUUUCUCUUACUAUUUGAAACGUGGCCGCCCCACUUACGCUUUUUUAGCCUUUCUAGCAGAUGAAAUUGAUCAAGGAACAACAACUCUGUCACAGAAAAGACUUCACAUGGCAUGUGGAGUGGCACUGUGGCUGGCCGUGAAACAUUUUCACAGUCCACAGAUCUCCAGUGCCUGUGUUGCCUUUGUGGAGAUGAUGGGUCGGGACAGCAUUGUUCUUCGUGCAUACAUCAGUGCAGGAGAAAUUUUACGGGCCCGAAACCUUCACAGCAUCUCGGGUCCAGUUGAGAAGAGGAAAGAGCAACUGCUUGCUUGCGAGCAAGAUGUUGUUGCUUUACUUCAGUCUUGCUUAAAGAGCAAACAUCGCCAUGGACGUCAGCUGGUUGCUAGUUUAGAAGAAGCAGUAUCUGAUGACAUUCGGCGAGAGGGAUUGAAUAGCACUGGAGUAGAAGCAGCACUGAAGUGGACACUCGUCAUGUUGAUUUGUCGUCAUCUUCGUCUGCCGAUGUCUACACGUUUCCUUGAGGGUUGUGCCAAAGAAGACUGCUGGUUACCAUUUGUGUGGUUUGCCCAACUACACCAGUUUCCCAAGACACAGCUGCAGAACAUUUUGCAUCAAUUCCCAAGUCGUCAUGUGCGAGACCAUCUUUAUUAUGUCAUUGCCAAUGCCAAUACCAACACUGCCACUGUAUCUAUGCCAGACGUGAAAGCUGUUUUAACCGGAGGCUUAGCAUCUGGCAGCCAUGACCUAAGAAGUUCCCUCUAUGCCAGAAUUGGUGUGCAUGCAGAGAGAGAAUAUUCCAGCAGUGAUGAAGAUGAUGAAUCAGGAGCAGACAGCACUGAUGAACCAUUUCGCAGCACCUCUCAUAUGCCAGCAGAUGAUGACAUAGACGUCACUGAAGAUUCGGCUGCUUCUGAUGUUUUCCGAGUUAUCUUUGCUGCCUUAGCAACCUCGGAUCCCUGGAAGUCUCUUCUAAUGCAUGCUGUUGUAUUACGCAAUCCACUGUUUGCUGAGCUGGCAGCUUGCUGUGGUGCUUCUUUGCUGCAGUCACUGUGUACCUGGCUGGUAGCUAUGCUGGCACCCCAGGAACAUGCUUCAUUUGUAGAGGCUCAUGGGAAGGUGGCUGUGCAAUGGAAAUUGGCACAGCUAGAUCAGCUGAUUGAGUUGUAUCUGCAGAGUCAUGCAGAAAGCACCCUGGCCACAGCUUUCUUUAUAUUUCAGCCGACCUCACCAUUACUGCCAUUUCUGCAGUUUAUUUCUGAGUGCAUCUCAUGGAAGAAUUAUGAAAGAUGUAAGGUUCCUCUUGAUAAUUUCAAGGACAUGAUAUCCGCAGCAAGCCACACACAUUUCAAGGCUUCAGCAGACAGAAGACGAGACAACCAACUGAGACAAUCUCCAACAAGUGGAGGAAAGAAUGUAAAGAGUGAGGACCCUGGAGAAGAGGUGAUUGGAGAUGCUGACUGGCUGGAGCAUAUGGCAUAUCAUGUUCUUACAUAUGAACUUACUCACUCCUCAAGCUUGUAUGAUGUGACUCACAUGCUGCACUUGCUGGCUGAAGAAAACAUUGCUCUUGUCUUUAGCUUUGAUGUGCUGGACUUUGGGAGGCUGUACAAAAUGAUGGAUGUGCUGCAUCGGUGUAAAGUACAAGAUGUCCACUUCCCUACAUUCUUUAGCAACCCACCAAAUAGUGCAGCUUACAGGACAGAAUGCCAAAAGGUGCUAAAUGUGCUGAUGACUCAAGGAAUGUAUGAAGAUGCUUACCUUUUUGGCCACAGUGCUGGACUGGACUUAUCUCAUAUUGUGUUAAAGCAGAUUUUAAUUUAUGUCCUUGACAUCACUGGUUCACAGCUUGCAAGUGAGAAACAACAGUUACAAGCAACAGGCAUAUGGAUCUCGGGUGCUGUACGACAUCACUAUUGGAACAGCUGUUCAGUUAGAGCAGCAAAUAUAAGCUUGCACCUGAAUGAGGAAGCUGAUGAGACAGAAAGCUUAGAUGAGAAGGCAUAUAUCUGUGGUCUGUCCCUGUCCUAUCUGGAAACCAAAGCUGCAGAUCAUGUUAGUCAGGAAGUGGCCGCACUCAGAGAUGCUAUUUUUACCCGCAUGUGGCAGUGUCGCAUUAAAGCAAGAGUAUAUCACAGAAUGGUUGAGAAGGGAGGUGGUCACAGAGAGCAGGAGGACAUUCUGGAUGCACUGUGUGAUGAGGAAGUGGUUACAUUAAAACCUUCACCUCCUGAUCGUAAUGAACUUCUUUAUAAGGGUACAGUACCCCGACCUCAGAUGGAACUAAGCAACAAGUUGAAUGCUGAGGAAAGAGAAGAAAUGGAGAAAGUGAUUGGAGAACUUCUGUCAGAGGGGAGAAUAAAAGAGUGCUUUCAGCUUGCAAGCGUGCUAGGAGGCCACAGUGAUGAUUUGUUGAUUACACAUACAUGUAUUGGUCUCAGCACAGGGGAUAUCACGGUGGACACCAUAGACCCUGCCUGCAGACUGUUAUUGCUGACUGAAGACAAACGAACCAGUCUUGCAUCUUUCCCUUCUUUUUCACGUUCCUCGAGCACAAUCAGUCUUGCAAGUGCUGCCCCAAACUGGAACUUUCUUCCAAGCUAUCAAGAAGAGAUUAUUUGCCUCAUGGAAGAGCUGCUUGCUCGCUGUCGUCAAGCUCGACAAUGCUGCCUUAGAAUAAUCACUGUCUACAAAGUGUCCUGUUUGGUUGGACGUUCCUAUGCGGAUAUUGUCUUGUCAGAAGAGUUUUCAGUGCUGCGAGAGUUGCUUAAAACUGACUUUCCUCAGCGAUACAGCUUGGCUAAAGAAUUUUUGUCAACAUGUACCCUUUCUGAAGCUGAGGUUGCCUCAUUUCUUGUGGACGAAAUCUUGAAAGGUCUAAGAAUUUAUCUUGGUGGUAAAGAUGGAUUUGAUGUGGGUGCUAGCGAUAGUGAUAACAUCAGCACAUCAGACCUGAUCUUCCGCCCCACAGCACGUGGAGAAGUAUUUAGCCAGCUUGUUGGUGUGUGUGGAGAACCAGCUUUGCUUGGGGACAGGCUACUUUACUCCUUGGCAGCCAUGGACAUAGAUUCUCCAGAUCCAUCACAUGCAGUGCUAUCAAUGGAGACAGAGCUUUUGAUUAUGGCACAUGAGUGCCACACAACUGCCUGCAAUAUGGAAGGUAUCUCUAGUGUCCUCCGUGCUGCCCGAAUUUGUGCUCAGAAGUUGGCAGCAGCUAGACAGUAUCAACACAUGAUCCGACUCCUGACUGGAAUUGGACGAUACGGUGAGAUGACAUACAUCUUUGAUCAGCUGCAGCAAGACCAUCAGUUUGAGAUGCUGCUGCGCAAGGGCAUCGAUAAGGAGGACAAGCUAAAGAUUGCUAUUUUGGACUAUCUAAAACGAUUUCAUGGUGAUGACAAGGACACUUACUCCAUGGUGGCUCUGAACUUCAGCAUGUACAGAGAGAUUGCACAGAUGCUUGAUGAAUCAGGACACAGGCACUUGGCCCUGUUAAAGGACAAGCCCCUUGAAGCCAACAAGGAUGUAGAAGAAACUCUAAAAAAAUGCAUUCAGUACUUCAGUGAUGCUGCAGAAAGCUAUGUGAAGGACAAGUGCUACCAGCAUGCACACAAAUGUCUGCGCUGGGCAAGGUUGGCAAACUUGCAGCUUCAGCUGUUAGGUUCAGGUGUCAAGGUCAUCAACCUGACAGCAGAAGAAAUAACAGCCUUUGUCAGCGCUCACCCGAAAUUUCCAGAGGUUUUUGUGGUGAUGGAGGCAUAUGGAAAAAAUGCUGAUUGGGCUGAAGGAUUGUUUCAGCAUGUGGUGAUGAAUGGAGACAUGCGAUACCUUCAAGAUCUGCGAAUGUACAUCCGACUUACGCCAGCUCUUAUAGAGAACACUCUCCGAAGACUCAAACAGGUUGCUAACAAGUCAUCAGCUGUCAUGCCACAUAUACGAAAACUGAUGAAAUACUGUCCAGAUGUAUGGACGCAGUACAAGAUUGCAAUGGACUUGGGCUUGCAGGAUAUCACAAAGGAGCUUGUGCGCAGUGACAGCUGUGGAAGCUACAUUAAAGACAUGCUUGCUUCACAACCGUAGUGAUGUCAGCAGUCUUUGUAUUGCGAGUUAUACUCAGCUAUAUGCACAUUCUCCAGAUUAUAUUUAAAAGACUGCAUAAAUGCUGGUUUAAGUGCAAUGAACUUGUGUUCGUAAUGGUAGAGCUACAAGUGAUAAGCAUUCCAUACUGAAAAGUCUCGAGUAAUUUUUUUUUAAACUUGCUUUUGUCCAACAAGGGAUGUCUUUCAUUAUAAUUCUGUGUCAAGCUUAUUGAUGACCACUGGAGUUUUGAAAUAGACUACAAGGUGUGUGUUCAAUGGACAAGUGAAAAAGAGUGGGUCAUAGCAUCCACAUAUAACAUAAAUUCAUGCACAUACACAACAUUGAUAUUUCAUAAACAUAGUAUAGAAUGUUUAAUAGGAUUUUUGAAGUGGAUAGCAUGUGCUAAAAUUAUAAAUACCAAAUAUUUGCUUGUUUUCAUAGGAACAUGUUUCAAGUGUGUGGAUGUGGAUAUGUGUGUGGAUCCAAGAGAAUGAACACAAUGUUGUAAUUAAGAUAUUUACAAGUUAAAAUUACAAUUACAGUCUAGUCACACAGUAACAUAGCACCUACCUCAAAGGUAACUGUAUAAAGUUAUUGUAUUUAAAAGACAACUUGUAUUUAAGAUCAUUGGUAAUCCAAAUUUAUAAAACUUUGCAAGGUGGUUAACAAAGCAUAGUCAAUGCAUUAUUCAAUAUUUGCUGAUGUUAUCAUAGUUUUAAAUAAACUGUUACUGAUUGUUUUGUAUGUAUUGUUAAGCUUAUGCUAUAUUAGCUACCUGAUUUUGGAAAAUGUGAUGCAUCAUAAGCUUAGUUCUAUUUUUAUGACUGUGUGUGUAUGUGGUGUAUAUGUGUCCAUGAGAGAGAGAGUAAACGAAAGCUACAAAGAGGGAAAGAACAGAUGUAUAGAAAAGUAUACAUGCAUAAAUACAUGUGUACUUUAAAAAAAUCUGUCACACACAGUGAAAGAACUUGGGAAGGGGCACAAUUCUAAAAAUGAACAUAAUCAUUAUAUAUUAAUAAAAUGAUAAGCUUAAUGUGUAAUCUACAUCUCUUUGAUAAUACUUGGUUUCAGUACAACUAUGUAAGAGAUAAUAUAACAUUGUAAAAGAUCCUAUUGAGAACAAGAUAACAAAGAGAAUACAAAGCAGUUAUGUCAUUCAGCUGUUAGAAGUCACAGUCAAGAGUAGCAAUAAUGAUUUUGUACUUUGGUAGCAUCAAUGAACUGGACAUGUUAAGUUUACUUGAUUAACUUUAGGUGAAUAACAUGUCUGUAAAGAAAAGUAGUAAGUACAAUGUUUGGAUGUACAGUAAAUGAAAGUGUGUUGAUACAUUUUUUUAUCUUUUAAACUUACAAAAUUAUAUUGAAAAAAUGUCAUUUACAGAAUUUAAAAAAAUUUUGGUCUGUAAAUUGUA